AUGUCGACCAACGUUCAAGAGCUCAUCGCAGAGAGUAACCGCUUCUGCGAAAUGCUCAUGCGUCCGUUAUUCGAGCAAGGAAACGAGCUGGCGGAACUGAAAAGAGCCCUGAAACUGAAGGAAGAGGAGCUCGCCGAGUCGAAGCGGAACGAGGCGAAGCUGGCGGAAGAGAUUAUCAGAUUGGGAAACGAGUUGGAUACUCAACGGAAAUUUACGGCACCAAUGGCUCUCAAGACGCACAUCAAAGAUGAUCAGUCAGUUUUUUUCUUUUUCUUUAAGAUUUUAAUGUAUUUAUUCUAGGCUUCUGAUGCUGAAACAUCUCACCGAUGAAAUGAAUCAGAUGGGUCAGAACCAGUUGAAGAAGGCGGAGAAGCAGUUGGCAAGGUGCAUUCACGAUUUGAGAAAAGAGGACGAUGAAAAAGAGGUGAAGGAAUCCGACGACGAAUCGAAUGAGGAAUCGGAUGAGGAAUCUGAUGAGGAAUUGGAUGAGGAAUCUGACGAGGAUGAAGGGGUAGAGGAUCUGAAAUCAGAGAAACAUGACGUCUUGGACGAGAGCAAAGAAGAGGAGACGGAUGCCGCGGAAGAAAAUGAUGACGUGGUGGAGGAAUCCGAUGAGGACGAGAAUGAAGAGGAGUACGAUGAUGAGGAAGAGGUCGAGGAAUCGGAUAAGGAAGAGGUCGAGGAAUCGGAUAAGGAAGAGGUCGAGGAAUCGGAUGAGGAAUCGGAUGAGGAAUCUGACGAGGAAUCUGACGAGGAUGAAGGGGUAGAGGAUCUGAAAUCAGAAGAACAUGACGUCUUGGACGAGAGCAAAGAGGAGGAGACGGAUGCCGCGGAAGAAAAUGAUGACGUCGUGGAGGAAUCCGAUGAGGAAGACGAGACUGAAGAGGAGUACGAUGAUGAAGAAGAGGUCGAGGAGUACGAUGAUGAGGAAGAGGUCGAGGAGUACGAUGAUGAGGAAGAGGUCGAGGAGUCUGAUGAGGAUGAAGGCGAGGAUGAAGUGGAAGAGGAAUCGGACGAUCCGAAGGGUCUGAUGGAACAGGUAGAGUCUUACCGAGAGGACGAAGAAGGAAACAAGGAAGAGGAUGCUGAUGAGGACGAGCUCGCCGCAUCUUACGAAUGGUACAACGAAGAGGAAGAAGGAGAGGCUGAUAACCAGGAAUCGGAGAAUGAAGACAUUCUCUCGCUUAUCUCUCGCUUCUUUAGAUUCUGA